AUGCGCGCGUUUUGUAGGUUGUUGGCGUUGUCCAGUUUGGCGGUUGUCGUUUCCGGCGCCGCUGUACCCGCCCCUCCUUCGCCAGGCUCCCCCGCCGCCACCGCAGCCGACACCACCGUCGCCGCCCGGAUCGUUCCACCAGCUGAGCGCGGCCAGCCACAGCCCGCCUCUCUCGACGAUAGCGGGAAUCGACCGCUCUCACCAGCUGAGGCUCUAGGCACCCUCGACGCCGUCCGUACUCUCCGGUCCAACACCGAGCACCCGGACCACGUCGCAGUGGCGAACGCCCUCCGCUCGGCGGGGGCGAAGUUGAAGAGCGGGCCUGGGAUUAACGAGACUCCGGGUGUCCUUGGGGGAGGUGGAGGUGUGCAGGGUACGAAGGUUUUGGUAAAUGGGAAGGAGGUUAGGAGUGGGAGGAAGGUGUUUGGUGGGAGGGGGAAGGGCGUUGUUCGUCGUGUGAGUAAGAGACAGGCUGACGAGGAUGAUGGCUUUGAAAGCGAUGUCGAAGAUGGCCAGGUUGAGGAAGGUGGAGUCGGUGGAGAGGAUGCUGUCGAGGGUGAUGAUACUGAUGCUGUUGAAGGGGGCGUCGGCGAUGAGGCUGUUGGCGAAGGCGACAUCGACGGCGAGGCGGGUGUGGAAGACGAUGGCGUUGACACUCCCGAGUCUGUGAUCGACGACGACGUCGAAGGGGAAGUCGAGCCUUCCCUCGAUGGUGCUGAAGGCGAAGUUAGCGUCUUGGGUGACGAACCUACCGACGAUUCUGUCACUACCGGCGCUGGUGACGACGACGCUUCCGAAGACGACACCUCUGAAUCCUCUGAUGAAGACACCUCCGACGAAGAAUCAUCCGACGAAGACGACACCUCUGAAGACGACACCUCUGACGAUGAGGACGAUGAGGACGAGGACGAAGAGUACACCUUCCGCCAGGUCUUCGAAGGCACGGGUACCAACCCCGACGACCGCGACGCCUCGAUCCAGGGGACAGCCUACCUCACCUACACCCUCGUCAACAACGCCACGUACAACGUCGAGGAGUGUUUGGCGUUUUGUAGGGGCGUUGAGGGGUGCGUCUUCGCAAACCUCUACUACGAACUAAACAACCACGGCCUCGACUUCAACCCGCACCUGCCCUCUCACCUCUCAUCACCUUCGAACCUCAAGUGCGCGGUCUACGGGGACGUGCACACCGAGGAAGAAAAAACGAAUUGGGGAGGUCAGCAGAGUUAUCCGUAUCCGGCGCCGUUGGUUGUUAUUCAGGAGAGUUCGGGGUGGGUGAAGAUUAAGGGCGAGGGCGGUGGGGAUGGAGGCGAUGGUGGUGAGGGAGGUGAAGGGGGAGAUGGUGGGGAAGGUGGAGACGGUGGAGAUGGAGAUGGGUGCGACGAACCUGGUAUCGACCCCGUUACCCCUGAAGGGUAUGAAUUGACGUUUGGACCUGUCGAAGCUGCCAACGACGCCGACGGUUACACCCUCCCCACAGACGAAUCAACCGCCACCUACACCGGGCACACCGACGGAAUCAGCAUCACCCACUCCAGGGGGUACACCCGCACAAACCACCUAACCGACGGCUCCUUCCAAUCCUUCACCUGCCCCUCCUCCUUCUGCUUCCAAGAAUCCUACGAACACUGGAUCGGGACGUCUUCGAACGGGGGGUACAUGGACGCUACGAUCUUUUAUUACGCGCCGUACGCGAGGAGUGGGAGCGCGGUUGGGUUGUUGGGGAGUGCGACCGGCGCCGACUCCAACCCCGGGACCCUAUCUUAUGCGCAUCCGGUUCGAACGAAGGCUGGUGGGAAGUACCUUAUUGCGGUGUGGGUGGAUACGACGUUUGGAGGGGAGCAGUACGCUGAGAAGGCGUAUCUCGAGGUACUCUGGAAUGGGGAGGUGGUUAAGCGGGUGGAGCCGGGGUAUGUCAAGUGGGGCUAUGUGUGGGUUGAGGUUGAGGCGCUUGGGUUUGGGGUUAAGGGCCCUGGGGAUCGGUUGCAGCUGAGGGGAGGGCGGGCGCCGAGUUGGGUUUUCGUUGAUGAUGUUGCUGUUUGGUAUGUUGGGUGAGGAGGGUGAGGGUGGUGGUGGUGGUGGUGGUUAUCGGUCACUUGUUGUCUAGCUGUCGCUUUUUUGGACUGUUACAUUGAGUUUUGGCAUCCGUCGUCUUUCAUCGCCUUUUUUGUAUCCAUCGUCGUCCUACACCCUUUCGUAUCCAUCGUCCUCCCCUUGACUUUUCGCGUCCAUCAUCUUUCCUCGACCCCCUCGUAUCCAUCGUCUUCGCGUUUUUGCUAUCAUGUCCCCUCGCUUUCCGUGUGCCCUUAGCUCUCGUAAAAUCCUGUUAGCCUUCGUGAAUCUUCAAUCCUGAACUUGUCUUCUGAAAUUCAAAUUUAUGGUGUUAAUUGUGUACUG